AUGUCGGGAUACAUUUGGUCAGGAGGUCGAGAAGAUAUUAGGGUAGGAGGUGGAGUAUAUAUUAGGUCAGGAGGUGGAGGAUAUAUUGUGCCAGGAGGUGGAGGAUAUAUUAGGUCAGGAGGUGGAGGAUAUAUUAGGUCAGGAGGUGGAGGAUAUAUUAGGUCAGGAGGUGGAUAUAUUAGGUCAGGAAGUGGAGGAUAUAUUUGGUCAGGAGGUGGUGGGUAUAUUAGGUCAGGAGGUGGAGGAUAUAUUAGGUCAGGAGGUGGAGGAUAUAUUAGGUCAGGAGGUGGAGGAUAUAUUAGGUCAGGAGGUCGAAAAGAUAUUAGGGUAGGAGGUGGAGUAUAUAUUAGGUCAGGAGGUGGAGGAUAUAUUAGGUCAGGAGGUGGAGGAUAUAUUAGGUCAGGAGGUGGAGGAUAUAUUAGGUCAGGAGGUGGAGGAUGUAUUGGGUCAGGAGGUAGAACAUAA